AUGCAACAUACACCAGUUGUGUUUCUGAUUCUCUUGCACAUCCUUUGUGCUUAUCAAGGAAAAGGAGGUACCACAUCUCAUAAAUGGGAGGUCAAAUUCACCAGUCACCAUUUCUGUGCUGUGACUGGAUCAUCAGUGGUCAUGCCCUGCUCAUUCACCCAUCCUAUUGGUCUCAUGGUCACCAAGGUCUACUGGCGCUACCGACCUGACCAUAAUAAAAUAUUCACAGACAUAGCGAAUAAGAAUCCUAAAUACAAAGGACGUAUACAAUACUUUUGGAACAAGAACAAGAACAAGACGAACUGCACAUUCAAAUUGAGCAAGUUGAUGAUGUCAGACAAUGGAGAGUAUUUUACACAGAUUGAAACAGAAGAUUCUAAAAAUAAGUGGCUGAGUAGAUCUAAGGUCACUUUGUCUGUUAAAGGCUAUAAUGUUGCAGAACUUUCUGUUGGGAUUCCUGAACCAGUGAUGGAGGACAACGACGUGACACUGAGUUGCAACAACAUAUGCUCUUCAAAAGACAUCCCCUCAGUAAUAUGGAAAAAGAACGGACAGGAUUUACAUGUCAAACAGAAACACCACAAUGAACUCAUCUUUCAGAGUGUCAGUACUGGGGAUGAGGGCAACUACUCUUGUGCACUGAAACACAAUGAAGACCAUCCAUCCAAACCAGUGGAGCUUAAUGUCAUGUUCCCUCCAAGGGUCCCGUCUGUCUCUGUCAGUCCUGCUAGUGAGACACUAGAGGGCGCUUCAGUGACUCUGACCUGCAGCAGUGAUGCCAACCCACCAGUGGAGAGCUACACCUGGUUUAAUCGCAAUGGCUCAAUAGUUUCCAAGCUGGACACUGGAAAGUAUUACCACAUUGGGAAUGUCGGCUCUGAACACACUGGAGAUUACUACUGUGAGGCCAGGAACCUAUACGGGGCCUCCAUUUCUACUGCUUUUCACCUGGAUGUUCACUAUGCUCCCAGAAAACUGUUAGCGUCUCUAAAUCACUCUGGAGAAAUAUCAGAGGGCAGUUCAGUGACUCUGACCUGCAGCAGUGAUGCCAACCCACCAGUGGAGAGCUACACCUGGUUUAAUCGCAAUGGCUCAAUAGUUUCCAAGCUGGACACUGGAAAGUAUUACCACAUUGGGAAUGUCGGCUCUGAACACACUGGAGAUUACUACUGUGAGGCCAGGAACCUAUACGGGGCCUCCAAUUCUACUGCUUUUCACCUGGAUGUUCACUAUGCUCCCAGAAAACUGUCAGCGUCUCUAAAUCACUCUGGAGAAAUAGCAGAGGGCAGUUCAGUGACUCUGACCUGCAGCAGUGAUGCCAACCCAGCAGUGGAGAACUACACCUGGUACAGGAGGACCACAGCUGAAACAGUGUGUGUGGGUACAGGAGAGAGAAUCAACUUCAAUCUGACCUUAGACAGGGCUGGACUGUACUACUGUGAGGCCCACAAUAGUGUUGGAUCCCUGAAUUCCACUGGAGUUGAAGUUGCUUGGUCUGGCUUUGGUUGGAAGACAACCACUCUCUUGUCAUCUUUAGGUUUUCUCAUAAUCCUCAUCAUGCUCAUAGGCUACGUGUUUUGGAGGAGGAAGAAGGCAAAACCAAGUAACAACCCCAGCAGCUCUGAUAAUAACACACAACAUGUCCCACAGUGUGUCCCUGAUAAUGUGUAUGAAGACAUCUCAGGCCUCCCUCUGACCUCUGCUCCAGCCCAGAGGGUGGACUCAGGUGUCCAGGAUGAUGUCCAGUACGCCAGUGUUCAGUUCAAGAGCUCCAGAGGUCAGCAGGUGGCCCUUUACUCCACAGUCCAGAAGUUCAAGCCCCACCCACAGCAGCUGGAGGAGGUGGUGUAUGUAGCAGUCAACUUCUCUAGACCCACUGCUGCCACCCAGUGA